AUGCUCCUCCCUCGACUGGACGAGGUCCGUCGAGCAUGGACGGCGUUCCAUUUUUUCAACACACUUCUGGCUCUAGCGUUCCCGGUUAUCCGGUCGACAUUCCUCUGUGACUUUGUCUUCGCAACAGAAGGAAAUGAACAAUGCGAAAUUGAUUCGAGAGAACGAGAAAUCCUCAUGUUCCUUUUGAUCAUUUUGGCUUGGAAGGGAAGAAAGGCAACGAACUGGAUGCAUUAUGUCAACAACAUCUUUCUUUUUUCGAAGAUCGCUGGAAUGUUCCUAUUCAUCCGGGCCGAUAUUCUAGCUGGAAUUAUUUACAUCUUGGCUUGUCUCAUCAUCACAGUUGUCUUUCCCGAACCGGUUUACAAUGGUCCAGAACAAGUGACAUACUUUCAAGGAGAACAACUAUAUGAAGAGCUCACAAAGAACCGAAACACUAUUUGGAUCAUCCAAUUCUUCACAACAUGGAGUCCCGAGUGUAGACACGUUUCACCAGUUUUCGCAGAACUCAGUCAGAAGUUCACUCUUCCGAACAUGAAAUUCGGAAAAUUGGAUAUUGGUAGAUGGGCGAAAGAAGGCGAACGUUUCAGAGUGAAUGCCCAUCCAAUGUCUCGCCAAUUGCCGACUAUUUGCGUCUUCAUAGAUGCUAAAGAAAUAUCGCGCCGCCCCCUAGUCAACGACAGUCGUCGUGCUAUUCCAUUCGUCUUCAGUGAAGAAAACUGCAUUCUCGCGUUCGACCUGGUCAACUUGCUAAAUGAGCAAAAACAGAAGAAAGUUGGAAAGACAAGCAAGCAAGAUUGA